UCGUGGCAGGUUAAAAGAACACUCUAAAUUCCCCCUAGGUAUGAUUGUGCGCGCGGAUGUUUGUUUGUCUCUGUUUGCCCUGCGAUUGGGUGGCAACCAGUUCAGUGUGUAACCCACUUGGUGCCCGAAGACAUAUGGGAUCAACUACAACACGUGACCCUCAUGUGGAUAAAGUGCUUCAGAUCAGGGAUGUGUGUGUGUGUACGUGAAUGUGUGUGUGUAUGUACACAAUUUCGUCCCAAACAUUUCAGAAUGAAUCCUUCUGUUUUACAGCAAUUACAAUGGAACACUUGAGAAGACACUUAUCUCAUUACUUUUGUCUGCAGACUGCUUCCUCAUAGGAAGGCUUGUCAAUCGAAUUGAGACCUGCGGUAUUUUGGGUGUGAUAUUGACCUCUGUAAACUCCCAUCAUCGAGUUGAAAUUUUUAUCAGCAGAUUCUCCAUUACUGGAACCUGAUAUACAAACAUUACGUCACUGGCGCAUUUUUGUGUCGCCUUAUCAGCCGUCAAUAGGAAGUUCAUCAUUGCAAAACACUGGAUUGUAGAUAAGAUCAACGUAAGAGAAGUUUCAUUUCCUGCUCCUCGAAAGGCUAAAGACGUUCAUUUCAACAGAGGCACCGAUAGACCUCAUUUUCUGUCAAAGAGUCAAUGGAAAUGAAAUUAUUUCUACUUUUUAUAAUCAUGAAUAAUAACUUGCACUGCCAAAAUCUUUUUUGUUUUGUAAGAACAAAAAUAUUUGCUGUGUAAUGUACUUAGCGCCGUUUUAUUCCUAAAAUAACAAUUAAAAUAACAAAUAAAUACAAAUUAAAUAUUUUGUUUAUUUGUUCCUCGCGAACUCGCGUUGCGUCUUUUGUAUUUGCUUUACGGCACUACUCGCCUCACGAUUUCCGACUGACGAUAAUAUUUACAGGGUUUACGUUUUACGUCGUGUGGAGUUGCUUUACGGUACUACUUUCACCACGAUUUGCGACCCAAGCUGCACUUGUGUUUACACCCAAUUAGCUAGUUAGUUAGUGCAAAACAGCGCACACGAUGCCCACGCCGAAGUAACUCAACCAGCCCCUCCGAAGUGUAAACCUCCCCUUGUGGUUGAGGCGAUUGUUUCCGUGGCCCUUUCGCAGUGAUCAUGUCGAGUGGCGCGGCUCUCCACAGCCAGAUCGGCUCCAUCAUUACCGCCCUGUGCAACGCCGCCGCGGCGCAGAUCACCAAAGUGGUGGAGGAUGGAAUGGCGGUGCUGCGCCUGGAGGUGACCCAACGGGAACACGAGAUUCGGCGGCUGAGGAACAACAUGGAGGUGCUGCACGGCGAGCUGAGAGCCGCCCACCGCACGGCGGAUAGCCUGCGGGGAGCGCAACAGCAUCAGCGACACCCCCGAGGCGUCGCUGAAGCCGAGAGCCCAGAAAAGCUCCAAAGCGACUUUCCCAACCUUGAUGUGGUGGUAAAGCGCGAACCCACAGAACAGGAGGGAUGCGAUCAACCCGGACCACCGACGGAAAGACCGUGUGAAAAUCUAACCGACGUUCCGGCGGACGUCCGGCAGGCGGGAGCCGCCAGUCGCGGGGCGCACCGCCACUUGUACAGCAACAUGCGGCGCCGGAUGGUCAACCGCCUGAUGUUCAAGCGCGGCUUCACUUGCCCCUUCUGCGGGAAAUGUUUCGAGCAUUCCGGAAACCUGGAGCGGCACAAGAGAAUCCACACGGGGGAAAAGCCGUACCGCUGCGAUGUUUGCGGGAGACGCUUCAACCAGAAGUGCAGCCUCAAGGAGCACACCAAGAUCCACCAGAGAUGUCUUCAGACGGCACCAGCUGACCUCCAACACCCCCCAACGAAGCACCCAAGCACCAACACCCAUCGUCCAGCAGAGGACGAUGUUACGUCGGCGGUCGGUCAUAUUUCUGCCAACUGUCCGGAUUCCGCCCAUAUCGCAAAGGUCAAAUCAGAGCCCGUGGAGGAAAGUGUGACACAACCUGAAAGGGAAGUGGCGGACAAUCAGAAGUCGCCCACGUUACGUGACGGGGCAAAUGAUUGGUCGCCGCAGAACGGCACGGCGGUCCCGGCGGGAGUUCAUCUUCUCCCGCCUCACGCCGAGGCCUCUUGCAGCACCUUCGCAUUCCCUGAAAAGUCUUACAGAGGAAACAACAAAAACGUAAUGCCAUCUCAGCUGCCGUACCCUUGUGCCACCUCCGGCUCCCGCGGUCUGCCAUGGGAGCUCUGCGGCCGCCCACGAAAAGGCUCUGGCUCCUUUUACCAAGGGUCUCGGCCCAAGAAGUGCUUCUUCUGCUCGUACUGCGGUAAGAUGUUUGUGCGUGCCGGCCAUCUGGAGCGACACUUGCGCAUCCACACCGGCGAGAAGCCCUAUGGAUGCCACAUCUGCGGACGAUGCUUCAACCAGAAGUCCAGCCUCAAGUGCCAUAUGAAGACACAUAGGAACGACAAGAACGAGGAAACACAGGGGCCGCGUCCCAUCAUGUGCGCGAUGCCCGAUACUUGCUCGCAGGAACCGGCGACUGAUCCCUCGCUCGGACCGUUCGCUUUAGCCGAUCCGCGUAUCGGUCGCACGUAUGGCGAGGUGGGCCAGAGCGAUGCCUUUUUAGACACCGACGAGUGGCGAAAUUACGCCGCCAACGGCGAGAUGGAUAUGCUGGAUCCGUACUCGCAGGUGGGAAUGGCGGCGUCCGAGGACGGGACCAUCCUCGACUUCGGUCUGCCGUCCUCUGACUCAGCUCAGAACUGUUACAUCUGUUCGUCGUGCGGGCAGAGUUUUGACUCCUUUGUUCUUUUCGAGAGGCACCAGUGCAAAAGCGAAGCGGUGUUCAAGUGUGAUGUCUGUGGUCAGGACUUUGAUCAGGCCGACAAAUUGCAGAUCCACAUGAAACUUCACCAGUAGAAAUAACAUUUCCAAACUGAUGUGUCUCUGAGCUCAUCUAGUUUCGAUUACGGAGAUGAAAACCGCCAACCGGGAAGAAAACAAACAAUCACGUUCAUGCAUGAGAUGCACAUCGCCACAACUCACACCCUGUCACUCAACACCCCUUGACACCCACGUCACUCACUAGGCCUUUGAAAGCCAAGCAAGCGCACUGCCAACUCACAGAUGCUACAGUGGUACAUGAGGAUGGUGACUCCAAGUGGACAAAUAUAAUACCUGCAUCUCACAUAUACAUGAUUGUUUUGUUUAAAGGGGAACUCAAGUCAAACGUUUUUUUGCAAUAUUUUGCAUGUGCCCCAACUAGUGACAUUAAUACUGCGUCUGUGAAAUCAGAAUUAAGCAGAUCAAUCCGUCCAUUUUGUCAUUUGGCUUUGUGUCUGCUGUCAACCGAAAGUAAUGUAAAAGUUCACUGAAACCAGAAGCGCAGCAAACAAGCUGUGAUGUUCACAAGCGCACUUUGUCAGUUUUUGGUAACUACCACGUUGCGCAGUAGAUAUAAAUAGAACAACACAUAAUAAAAAAGUCCAUAUCAUUCCUAAUUGUAAUAUCACAAUACAGAUGUUUCGACAACCACUAUACACUAUUGAGAAAACAUCAAUACUGUACAUAACUUGCAUAAUAGAAAUCAACAAAACAAUUACGAAUCACACACAGCCACAUACUGAAUAAUCCACAGUUCAAAAAAGUACAUCAACUUCUGCAGCACCCUGGGAUGGAAAUUAAGUUAAAUCAGAGCAGUUUUUACCCCCAAUUUAACAAAAAGAGUUGAGGACCUGAUUUGAGCCACUGCUGUCUGUUUGACAUUAAAACAUGCGGUCUUUGUGGCCUUGCUGUGGUCACUCACACGGAAUGUAUUGGAGAAGUGGUCACAUUUCAUUUAGUUGUCUGUAAUUGAGCCAGUGUUAUUUGUUUUGAAGCAAAUUGAAGAGCGGUAUGAAAUGUGAUUGUAACACAUUUCUCAGUGUUGAAACAUGUAAAUAUGUUAUUGUUGUUUUGUUUAUGUUUCACUGAAGAGUUCAAAGCCACAGUAGUUCCCCCCCCCCCCCCCAAUUGUCUUCUAAAUGCACUUGAAUUACGGUACCAUUAAAAGGGGUCGGGAACGCUAAUGCUAAAGCUUCCAUACAAAUGACUGUCGUUUUGUACGAGAACCACAACCUGGAGUUCAGAUUACCUUCUUUUUGUUGUUGUUAAUGAUGUCACAAUGUAUUACUGUACCUUAAACUGUGUGCUUAUUGGAUUUUUUUAAUCGUGCAAAAAAAGAAUCAACAUUGGAUUGAAUUU